AUGCGCCUGAUCCACGCCGCCGUGAGAUUGCUCACCACUGCCCUCACCAUGGCGGUGGUGUCAGCUACCGGUGUCACCUCGAACGGGACGCGCUGUCUCAUGUAUCUCACUGGUCAGCAUCCUAUCAUUCCUGCGUUCGACCUCGCGUCGUCCAUCACCCACGUCAAUCUGGCCUUUCUCACCUCCGACGUCUUCACCGCCGAAACCCCUCCCAAUGACUACCCGCUCUUCAUGAGCGUCGACCAGGUGCGCGCCGGUUUCAAGCCUGGGACCAAGGUCCUCGUCGCCAUUGGGGGCUGGGGUGAUUGGAAGGGCUUCCAGGAGGCCGCGCUUACUGCCGAGUCGAGGAAGAGAUGGGCCGAUCAGGUCAAGAUCAUGGUGGACAGGACCGGUGCUGAUGGUGUUGACAUCGAUUGGGAGUAUCCGGGUGGUAAUCGUGACGACUACAAGGAGAUACCCAACUCGGAGCGCGAGUGGGAGAUUGAAGCCUUCGUCGCCCUGCUCCAGCAGUUGCGCACUGUUCUGGGCAAGAACAAGCUCCUCACCAUCGCUACUCCUGGGAAGGAGGUCGAUCUUAUAGCCUUUACAACGGCGACUCUUCCACGCAUCAUAAGCGCUGUGGACUUCAUCAAUGUCAUGACAUAUGACAUGAUGAACCGACGAGACACCACCGUUCAGCAUCACAGCGGCAUCGCAGACUCUCGCGACGCCAUCCAGCGCUAUGUAGACCGUGGUGCCAAGCCACACCAGCUGAAUGUAGGUCUUGGAUACUACGUCAAGUGGUUCCUGACCACGGAUGGAUGCGACCCAAGCGACCCAAUUGGCUGUCCGACUCUGCUUCUGGAAGACCCGAACACUGGCGCCGACCUUGGUAGGACGGGCGGUUUUAGCUAUCACGACGAGACCCCGUCCGAAGUCGUCGACUCGUUUCAGCGGGCUCAGAGCGAGGGUAUUUACACCGCCGAUGGGAGCUAUGGGUACUGGGACAAAGAGGAGGCCAGAUGGUGGUCUUUUGAUACGCCCAAGGUUAUUGAGUCCAAGAUGGCAGAGCUGGUUGGGGAGAUGGGGCUGGGAGGAGCUUUCGCCUGGGGUCUUGGAGAAGACGCCCCUGACUUUGACCACCUGAAGGCAACCAUCAAUGGUCUUAACAAACUGAAGGGACGUAAAAUCGAGCUCUGA